GGAAGGAGGUGGCUUGGCUGAAGUCAGUUGUCACAACCACCAGCACAGGGGCACCUCCGGUACCAGCCGCACCCCAAGACAUGACAGAGAAACUCCUGAUUCCUCCAGAAGCUGCUCAGAUUUCCCCCCGAUGUCCCCCUUCAGGCACAAGGCAUUUCUCCAUUCCUUAAGGUUGAAAAAAGGGGAUUCACGGAGAGAAAAAUGUCACGACGCCAGAAUCUUUGGGAUUGGAGCGAAAGGCCCGUUUGGGCUCACAGGAGGGAGAAGUGUGGAUGCUGCAUCUGGUUCUGGCCAAGAGCAUUGGCAGAGAACGGCAGCAGAGUGUCCUGGGACAGAAUCCAUCACUGCCGGCUGCUGGCUGGGCUCGUGCCCGACCAGCUCCAGAUAUGUCGCAGGAACCUGGAGGUCAUGCACAGCAUCGUUCAAGCUGCCAGCAAGACCAAGAGCAUCUGCCAGAAGACCUUUUCCAGCAUGAGGUGGAAUUGCUCCUCCAUCCAGCGUGCCCCCAGCUUCGGUCCUGACCUGCUGAAAGGGACCAGGGAAUCUGCCUUUGUCCAUGCACUCUCCGCCGCCGCCAUCGCACACUCCAUUGCCCAAGCCUGUGCCUCAGGGUCACUCCCGCUCUGCUCCUGCGGCUCCGUCCCCUCCGAGCUCCCUGGACCGGACUUCAGAUGGGGUGGCUGCGGGGACAACCUGCACUACGGCCUCCAGCUCGGUGCUGCUUUUGCUGACAGCCCCCUAAAAUCCAACAAGCUGGGACUGCAGGCUCUGAGGGCCGUGAAUUGGCAUAACAACGUGGCAGGCAGGCAGGUGCUGAGUGAGUCCCUGGAUACCAAGUGCAAAUGCCACGGUGUUUCAGGCUCCUGUUCGGUGAAGACCUGUUGGAAGGCACUGCCGACUCUGGCUGAAAUUGCCUCCGAGCUCAAAUCCAAGUACCUGGCAGCCAUCAGGGUGAGCCACCGCCUCGUGGGGCGCAGGAAGCAGCUGAAGCCCAUGGAAACAGACAUCAGGGUGGUGAGAGACACGGACCUGGUUUAUCUGAUUCACUCCCCCGACUACUGCACGCCCAAUGUCCACCUGGGGUCUGUGGGGACACAGGACAGGCAGUGCAACAAGACAUCUGCAGGCAGUGAUGGCUGCGACCUGCUGUGCUGUGGCCGCGGCUACAAUGCUUACGUGGAGGAGGUGGUGGAGAGGUGUCACUGCAAGUACCGCUGGUGCUGCUACGUGCUGUGCAAGAGAUGCCGGCGGCCGGUGGAGAGGAGGCUUUUGACAGUGGCCUGAAAGCCAGGAGUGAUGGAUGAGAAGAUGGGUAAAGAGUUGUCCAUGGGGGGAAGGCUGCAGAAAGAAAACCGCUGAGGUUGAGGGGGUCCUGGUAGACCCUCUGGAGCCAGGUUUCUGCUGUGGAUUCACCCAACACCACUGAAUGUUCCUCCUCACGGGCAAACACUGUUCCAGAGCUCUUUGUAGCAUCUGAAACAAAGAGCAGAGGCAGAGUCAGUGACGGCUCCAGGAAAUGGAACUCAUCGCUUUCCUCCACGACCCACAUGGAGAUGGCUGCAGGUCUCACAGUUACAAGACUUCAGCUGUGGCUGAUGGAAGUUGCUCCUUCCACCCCCUGACCCCAGGUGUGCUGCACUGGCCUGGGGAGAGGAGGGGACUCCUGAAGAAAUAAGCAUAACUCUUUAGAUUCACUGUCAGUGGGAUUCCGGUGCG